UCUUAUGCUAAUUUUAUACACUACAUCCAAAUUAGAAUAAAUUACAGGCAGAAAGCAUAUGCUAAUUUCAACGUCUAUAGAUAAACUUCAUCUAAAUAUGCAAAUCCUCGGAGGGCCAUCUGAAUCUUCGAUUUCGUAAGCUGAGUGCUACUAGCGUCUAGCGUUGUCAUUUUCUUCUCAUCUUAGACAAACUAGUUUAAUAUUUACUUAAGCGUCAACAUGUUGAUGUUAAUAGCAGCAGCACUCACUAUAAAGAGUCCUAACACACAUUUAAGUUAUGAUCAGCUCUCAGCCCUAUCAGUUGAACUUAAUUAGUAGAACUUAAUUAGUAUACAUAGUACUGUUCUUUCCUGCAAGUUAUAGAAACAAAGCCUGCCAAAAUGUUAUCUCUUUCUCCAUCUUUAUUUCAGACCUUUGGAUGGCCGAUCGAGGACCCGGUGAUCAACCAUGACUACAACAAUUUCUAUGCAGACGCAGAAAUCCAAAACUCAAUUCUUCACUUCCCCUCUACACUUGAUGCACAGCCACAAGUUGCGAACGGAGAUUCUUCGGCUUUUGAGCCGACUGCAGUAGUGAAGAAGAUUAAUCAUAAUGCAAACGAACGUGAUCGUCGAAAGAAAAUGAACAGCUUGUAUUCUUCUCUUCGUUCACUACUCCCAGCUUCUCAUCAAGCGAAAAAGCUAAGCAUUCCGAACACAGUAUCGCGGGUGCUGAAAUACAUCCCUGAGCUGCAGAAUGAAAUAGAGAGACUGGCUCGGAAAAAAGAGGCUUUAUCAGCAAAGAUCUUGAAACAAGGGGAGCUAUUUCAAUAUGAAAAUCAGAGAAACAAAAGCAUUCGAGGUAGCUUAUCCACUGUUUCCGCAAGUUUGAUAGGAGAUAAACAAGUAACAAUUCAGAUAUCAACGUUGAAUGCGGAUAUGAGACUACAAUCCGAGGCUUUAGAGUUUGUGGAGAAGGAUGGGUUUGAAUUGGUAAAUGCAUCUUUCAGCUCUUUCGGGGAGAGAGCUUUCUAUAACUUGCAUCUUCAGGUGCAAAGGCCUCUGCAGGUAACGGAGAUCGAGUCAUUGCGGGUAAAACUGUCAACUUUGUGCCACAAGUGGGAGGACCAAGUUUAAGGAACAUCGGUUUCCUUUCAGAAAAUAUGACUUUACGUUUCAUAAGAACCAAGCUUACAAAUCCGGAAUUAGGCAUGGAAAGAAUACGCGGAAAUAUUGAAAAUCCCUUCAAUUUAGUUUUUUGUUUUCUGAAAAUUCGGAGUAAUUUUUGCUAAGUUUGUUAUAUUUUGGUGCAGAACGUCGUCUCUAUUUUUUUUAUAUUUCACGAAGAUUUAAUUUAAAUUUUUUGUUGUAUAUAUAGGGGUGAAUUCUGGU